UUCUCUGAUAAACGCGGUUCGCUUUUUUUCUUUCCUUCUUCUUUUCCUCCCAAGUCCGUUUCCUGGAGCGGCUGGCGGGCGGAAAGACACGUCCCCCCUCCUCCACCUCCUCCUCCUCCUCCUCCUCAUCAUCAUCUUCUCCUCCUCUCCUCAUCUCCUGCGUUUAUUCACACCGACUCUAUUUCAUAACAAGCCUGUUUACUUGGCGCGAAUCCGCAGCUCCCCGUGGCUCGCAACCCCGCAUCCCGGUUCCGUGGCGUGGAAAUUUGCGCACAAAAUAAUUAAAAAAAAAGCGCGAGAGAAAUAAAGAAGGGGGAUUCAAGUUUUCCUGGAAGUUGCGCUCUGACAGAAACAAAAAAACCAUGGGAAUUUGUGGUCGUUUGGCGGUGUCUGGGAAAAGCCUCGUCGUGCUUGGACUUAAAUUGUUAUUCCUUGUACCUGCAGGAGUUCCAGCCAGGAGCGGGGAUUCUGUAUUUAAGGACAACAUCACGGUCAGACAGGGGGACAGCGCCGUCUUGAAAUGCAAUGUGGACAGCAAAGUAACGCGGGUGGCAUGGCUCAACCGCACCACCAUUCUAUUUGCCGGCAACGAGAAGUGGUCUCUGGAUCCCCGUGUCGUCCUGAUGGAGAACACAGCCGUCACAGAGUACAGCAUCAAAAUCCAAAAUGUGGACAUCCAUGACGAGGGGCCCUACGUCUGCUCCAUCCUCACAAACAGGAAACCAAAAUCGACAAAGGUGCAUCUCAUCGUUCAAGUGCCGGCCAGGAUCACAAAUAUAUCAAAGGACAUCACAGUGAACGAGGGCAGCAACGUUAAUCUCAUGUGCCUGGCGGUGGGUCGACCCGAGGCCAACAUCAUAUGGAAGCACCACUCGCCAAGAGGCACCCAUAAAUUUGUGACAGAGGGGGAAAAUCUGGAGCUGACAGCCGUCACCAAAGAGCAGUCGGGAUCGUACGAGUGCAUCGCCUCCAAUGACAUCUCCAGUACCGAUGUUAGGACAGUGCAAGUCACCGUCAACUAUCCGCCGUUCAUAUCUAAGGCAAGAAGUACGAGUAUUCCAGUCGGACAAAGAGGAGUCCUGCAAUGUGAAGCCUCCGCUGUCCCGCCGCCAGAUUUUGAGUGGUACAAAGAAGACCGCAGGCUCUUCAGCGGUCUAAACGGGGUGAAGAUCGAGAACCAAGGUAAACAUUCCAUGCUCAUCUUUUUCAACGUCUCGGAAGAAGACUAUGGGAACUACACGUGCGUUGCCAUGAACACCAUGGGAGUCACUAACGCCAGCAUAAUCCUAUACGGUCCGGGAGCGAUCCACGACGUGAACGGGGCGUCGGCGUUGUCCCACUGCUCCACAUGUCUCCUGCUGAUCGUAACCUUGCUCCACCAGAUGAAGUUCUGAUGUGGCGAAAGAGUGACAACCUUCAACCUCGCAACAUUGAACAGCAAGAACAGACUAUUAGUCUAUCAUUUCUUCUUCUGAAUUAGUCUAUUGGAAGAAACAGGGGAAAUCCGAGAGCACCACUGGUUCACGUUUAAUUAUCCCAGUUUGUUUUUGUUUUUUUUUAUUAUUGUCAUUAUUUCUGGCUUUGGCAGGGGGGAGUCUGUUCUCUGUCGGCUCGCUCCAGAAGAAGGGGAAACGUUUGAAUCAUGCACUAAUUUGAUGAAAGUUGAAGUACUGACUUGUGCCCCCCCCCCCUCCCCUGCCCCCUCCCAAAAACCUUUUUUGUAUGUGAAAAGGGAAAAUGAAGAAAAAAAAAAGAGAAAAAAAAAAGAUAAUAUACAUGUAACUGUUGAUAGUUGACUGUUUAUUGCCCAGUAUUGAAGUGUACAUUCAGAUUAUUAUUAUUACUACUGUGUCACGUCCUGGUCAAUAUCUGUACAAUACCAUUAAGCUUUUUUUAAGUAAACGGCAAAAAAAAAAAAGUGGGAAAAAAAAAAUGCAACGUGAUUGUCGAAUUUUACUGUAUUUUUACAGUUGUAUGCAAAACAGAAUAACAGAUCAUUUACGAUAAAACAGUUGAUUUCUCAGGCAAUGUCCUACAUCAUAGUGCAUCCAAUUCUUCUUUUUGUGUGUGUGUGUGUGUGUGUAGAAAGUGUACAGACAAUUCCUGCACUGUUGUUUUGUUUUUUUCUUUCUCACCCCAAAUCAAACGGCAAAUUGCCUAAUCCCAGUGUCAUAGCAGCUCCAUGGCAUAUUCACGGCGAACAUCUGAGAUUCGAAGGCUCCACACAUUGGCAUUUGCGUCAUUUGGUACUUACAGGUCGCGCGGAGGGCGUCAGUCAAGUGUCACGUCAUUUGUGGUCUAAUUAACAACUUGCCACUCUCACUAAAGAGGUGCUGUUAACGUGAAAAGCUGUAAAAAAAACAACAAGAUUUUCUGAUCAUAUUCUGGCUUUUUAAAGUGGUGACUUAUAUAACUGUAUAGCAUGUACCUACUGUAUGUUCUAAUUUAAACAAAAUAGCCUUUGCAGUAUGUUUCUCAGGCAGCCACAGUGGUCCUCGAGGUUUCUUGGUUGAACGGUGGACUUUUAUGCAAUUGAGGCCUGCGGCGCCACACAGGUUGUCACAAAGUCAAGUUAGAUGUUCUGUAUCGCUAAUUUAUUACAAAUCUCUUAUUGUGUUGACCAUAUCUCCACAAAUACUACCGGUGAA